UGUGUGUGUUUGUGUCUGUGCGUGUGUGUGUGUGUGUGUGUGUGUGUGCGUAGGUAUGCAGUCACACCCUCCCUCAUAUGUUCAUUACUCAAGUUUUGUUAUGAUCUUCAGCAGAGGAAAGAGAAUGUGAGUGAGCGUGAGAGCGGCAGCGAGAAUCUUAAACAUCUUAAAUGUCAAAAGAACUAAAAAAAGAAAUAAAGAAAAAUAUUCUGCUUAAUUUUGUAAACGAGUGUCAAGUGUGCAGUGAAGUUGAUGUCGAUCCAUACCAUGUCCAUCCCCGUGGACUUCCUGUCUGAGGAGCAGUUCUCCUGCUCUAUUUGCCUGGACAUCUUCACCAACCCAGUCUCCACACCAUGUGGCCACAGCUUCUGCCUGUCCUGCAUCACGUCGUACUGGGACAGCCGGAGCAAAUCCUGCUUCUGUCCCCUGUGCAAGGAGAGUUUCCGCAAGCGUCCAGAGCUCCACAUCAACCACACGCUCAAGGAGAUCACUGAGCAGUUCAAGCGCAUGACUGAGACCUCUGGAAGCCUCGCGAUCUCCACCGAUGCCCAAGGUGCUAACUCUCAGUCUCCUCGAAUUACAGACAGGAAGAUCAGCGGGUCGCCUCGGCCUGGAGAGCUGCCCGGAGGACUGCUGAAGGAAAUGAAGAGCCGCUUCCAAAGGACAUCGUCCAGCGGGAAUUUGCUGGAAGCUUCUGCACCAUCUUCUUCACCGCCUCCGUAUGAAGCCAGCAGGAGGAGGUUCAGUGCCAGUGGGUUCGGACCAGCGACCUCAAACGGACCUCAGUGUAGCAAGCAUGCGCUUAGCCUGGAUAUGUUCUGCAGGAGCGAUCAGAUAUGUGUAUGUGCGAUGUGUGGUGAAGGAGACCAUCAUGGCCACGUCCUGGUGCCGGCUCGACGGGAGAUGAUCGUGAAGAAGUCUCAGUUGGGGAUCAUGGAGAUGGAGGUGCAGAGUUUAAUCACAGCCAGAGAGAAGAAGAUUGAGGAAAUUCAAAUGUCUCUGUCUGACAUUCAAGCCAAUGCACAGCAGGAGGUGGAGGUUAUAAGCAGCAUGUUCCGUGCCUUGAUCAGUUCCCUGGAGAGAUCUCAGGCCGAGGUGUUGGAGAUGGUGGAGAUGGGCCGCGCUGCUGCAGAGCUUCGCUCACAGGCUUUCAUCCGUGACCUUCAGCUAGAGCUCACAGAGCUGAGGAAGAGGAGCAGCGCACUGUCUGAGCUGUCUCAGUCCACUGACCACUUCAGCUUCUUCAAGACGUAUCCAUCCCUCUCCACUGGUCCUCCAAUGAAGACCUGGACUGAGGUGACUAUGACCCCUGACCCCACGGCUGGAGUCGUCCUUAAAAACGUCACUCAAAUGGUGGAGAAAGUGGAGGAAGAGCUAAGGAAGCUGCCGCAGAGCUGUUUACAUUCAGCUGUAGAAUCACCUGUAAAACAACAACCACGUUUACAUUCAGUUGUAGAAUCACCUGUAAAACAACAACCACGACAGAUGAAGUUACAGGAUUACACAUUGGACGUUACUCUGGACCGAGACUCCGCCCACCCGAGAUUGGUGAUCUCUGAGGACUGUAAGCAGGUGUACUGCAGUGACCGCUAUCGCAACAUGAUGGACACACCGGAGAGGUUCGACCGCGUGGUCUGUGUGCUCGGCUGCCAGGGCUUCAGCUCGGGCCGUCGUUACUGGGAGGUCCACGUGGGUGAGAAGACAGACUGGGAUGUGGGUGUGGUCAAUCGUUCGAGUAACCGCAAGGGGAAGAUCUCGGUCAGUCCGGCUAACGGUUACUGGCUCUUAAGUCUGCGAGAAAACCAUGAAUACGCCUUCCGGUCCAACCCACUGGUGCCCAUUUACCUUAACCCCAGACCUCAGAGGAUCGGGAUUUACAUUGACUAUGAAAAAGGACAAGUGUCUUUUUAUAACGCUGACACCAUGACUGUUAUCUUCUCUAAUGUCUACUUCUUUACUGAAACCUUAUAUCCAUGCUUCAGUCCCUGCACUAACAAAUCCGGUAAAAACAGCGCUCCUCUGAUCAUUUGUUCCAUUUAGAGACCGGUCAGUAGCGGCAGUGAUACUGAGACGAGUGUCGAGUUGAACUGAAAUGAAAUGUAUUCACUAGCUACAUUAGCUAAGACAGAGUAAGGCUGCAGUUCUAUUGUAUAUCAGGAGAUGUUUCUGUCUAUCUCUGUGUUCAUAUAUAUGUAUAUAUAUAUAUAUAUACAUAUUAAUGCUUUAUAUAUUUUUAUACUUAUAUAUACACAUAUAUUACGUCUGAAUCCUUCGUUGUUGUUAACCGACUGAUCAUCAGGAACACUCUGCCAGAUACGUGCACUGAUUCUCAUACACCUUCUAAAGGCUUUCUGUCAUCUACCUUUCCUGUGAAGUCCACAUGCUGAGUUUUCUGUUUCAUUCCAUUAAGACCUUAUGCUGUUGUGAGGAAUUGAUUGGAGAGGAAAGAAAGUGGGCGUGGCUUUGUGUUCAGUGCUCUCAGAUCUGUUUCUGUGCUACGUUUGUGUCUACACCAUUCAUGUGACCUUGCACUCGCUUUUUAACCCAUACUGAGCCUGGAUUAAAACCACCAUGUGUUUAAACACCAUGUGCAGAUGUUUUAUUAAGUUGCUGGUGGUUUUAUUCGGUUAACAGUCUUGGUUUUUUACAAUCAUUAGUUGUAAGAUUUGUUCAAAACCCCAUUAUCUGGUCACACAAGCAUGUUCCUGAGUAAAUGAGCACAAAAUCAGUAUCAGUAUUGAUGGAACCCUAAUCUGUUUUUUUUUGUAAAUUAUUUGGAAUGUUUGGAAAUUCCUUUUUGUUACACUAUUUGUGUGUAUGUGUGUGUGUGUGUGUGUGUGUGUGUGUGUGUGUGUGUGUGUGUGUAUGUGUGUGUGUGUGUGUGUGUAUGU